AUGACUGCUUCUUCUCCAGCACACCCACACCCACCAUUUCCUCAAGUUGCGACAAAGGCCGCUUCCACUGCCCAAUCCUCUCAGUUGAACGCCCUUGCCGACAGCAAGGUCGCUCCCGUUCGAUCUACCACUCACGUCCUUCCAAGCGGCCCUAAGUCCCGUCGAGAUGCUCCAGCAUCAACCCAGAGUGCCAUCUCAGACAGGGCAACCCUCUCGUUGAUCAGGAAGACAUUGGUGGCAGAUGGAACCUAUGGCACGGCCCCAAGGGUUUCUCCGGCACCCAUCGAAGGUAUCUUACCUCCGCUAACAAGUUCAAACGAUGUCGACGUACAACUAUACGCGAUCGUUGCCAUCAUCAUCAAAGAUUUUGUCAAUUCUUGGUACUCCAAGAUCAGUCCGGACCACACCUUCAUCGAUGAAGUAAUUCAGGUAAUUGCACAUUGCAGUCGAGCAGUGGAACAGAGAUUACGACAGAUUGAUAUCACGGAAUUGAUAUUGGAUGAUGCUGCGGCCUUGGUUGAGAGGCAUGUCGUUGCCUACCGUACGGCCUCUAUGGCUCAAGCUGCUCUACAGUAUGGGGAAAGCCCCCGCCGAAUCUAUCACGCCUUGAAUCCACAUCCAGCUCUCGACCCUUCCAUGUCAGAAGAGGAUCAGAAAAAGUACGAGUCUGCUUAUCGCCAACUACUGAUUCAAGGCGCACUGGCCGUGCUUCUGCCAACCGAGGACCUGGCCAACACUUGUCUCAGAACUCUGGUGACUGACAUUAUUGCGGAUUUGAUUCUCGGCCGGGCAGUGGCGGACAAAGUGUGCGAGCCGUGGUUUCUUCAUGGCGCCGUGUCAAAAGUGGUGGAGAUCGUGACAUCGCGUUCUACAGGCGACACUGUCGUUGACGAAAAGGCCUUACAUUAUGAAGACCGCACAAGCCGACUUGAGAAGUUUGGCCUAUUGUCUUCGAAAGCGGCGGAUCAGGAAAACAAUUCGUCAGAACAGCGCCAAUCAUCGGCUAGUGCGUGGAUUUGGAAACUCCUCCAGUACGCUUUCAUUGCAUAUCAGUCCUUACGAUUUAUUCUCGUCGGAGUCGUCCACGCCCAGCAUCUACCCCGGAGAGUUGCCCACAAUCAGCAUCUCGUCGACAUCUCCACUUCCGCCUCGUCGUCCUUGCAUUCGCAGAAGUCUCCCGCUCCCUCGACACGGCGCCUAUCGGAUGCCAAUUCUCGUUCUCCCCGAGCAGUGAUCAACUACAGAUUGUUAUCCUGCAUCUCUACCAUUCUCGAUUUGUCAGUUCGCAUGCCGUGGCUGGCCAGUUUGUGUGGUUUCUGGCAGCAUGUUCUUAGCGACGGGCCGGGCAGAUAUGGAAGUGCUAACUCCACGCUUGACAAAUUCUUUUAUUACACCAUUUCAACACGAGUAUUCACCCCGACUCUCCUGCCAGCGCUGCUUCUACAGGUUCGUUCCAUCCUCUUUCCCAACAAUACGCUUGGUCCGCCUGCACCUCCACCACCACCUCCUGAAGAACGCUUUGCAAUCAAACGCAAAGCGGCCACAGACAUCCUCAAAUUGUUCCCGGACAGGAUUACAAAGACACUUUUAACGCACGAUAACGAAGAAAUGAGAAUUGACGAGGUUGAAGAAGAAAUAUUAGGCUGGACCGACGAUGUUUGGCUGAACAAGUACCUGAUUUAUGGACUCUUGGAGCUCAUCUUGUGUAAGAUAUGUCCUGAGUUGAAGGACAAAUCUCCUUCAGAACUCCUGGCUGAAAGAGGUGUUGUACUGCCUGCCAAUGUUGAAGAAGGCGAGCUGGACUCACAUCUGGAGGAGGACAAAGGCGGGAAUUCGUCGAAGUCGUGA